AUGGCCAAAAACUACAACAACAAGGAAAUCCACUUCUACGAGUUGAACUCUGCAUUGGACAUCAAGAAGCCCACCCACAAGUACCGCGUCCAGGACAAAAACGCAUCUUUCCAGACAUUCAAGCUCAGUCCCGGUCUCAAUCCGUCCGUUGCUGUGUUUAUUCCAGAAAAGGGAGGCAAGCCUGCCGAAGUGGUCAUUUAUAACAUCCCCAGCUUCAACCAACCCAUCUGCUCGAAGAACUUCUUCAAGGCCGAGAAGUGUCAAUUGGUGUGGAAUGCAUUGGGAACUGCUUUGCUAGCUCUUGCCUCCACGGACCAUGACACAAGCAACAAGUCCUACUAUGGAGAAACCAACUUGUAUUUAUUGGGCAUUGCUGGCUCCUACGAAAGAAUCGACUUGAAGAGAGAGGGUCCUAUCCACGACAUCACUUGGUCGCCUCUGGCCAGAGAAUUUGCUGUCUCUUACGGUUACAUGCCAUCGGAGACCACGUUCUUUGACUCCAGAGGUAACUCCAUUCACUCUUUGCCAACAGCUCCAAGGAACACCAUCUUGUACUCUCCACAUGGAAGAUACGUGUUGGUUGCUGGAUUCGGAAACUUGCAAGGUAAGGUCGAUGUCUACGAUCGCCAAGAUAAGUUUUCCAAGGUAUGCACAUUUGAGGCUGACAAUACCUCCGUGUGUGAAUGGUCUCCUUGUGGUAGAUUCAUCUUGACUGCAACCACCUCCCCUAGAUUGAGAGUGGACAACGGAUUGAAGGUGUGGCAUGCCAGUGGUAAAUUGAUUUACUUGAAAGAAUACCCAGAGUUGUUCUCCAUAUCCUGGAGACCUCAAAAGAUCGACAGAUUCCCUGCAUUGAGACAAUUAGAGGCUUGUCCUGAGCCAGAUGCCUCCGCUAAAGAAUUUCUUGCCAAGAAGGCUGCUGCAAGUGGAGGUAACGUAGUCAAGAAGGCAGGCGCUUAUAGACCACCCCAUGCCAGAGUUGCUGGUGUUGCUGCUCCUGCUACUACUUUGUAUCAGAAGGAGAUGCAAAAGAACGUUGCAUCUGAACCAUACGUGCCGGGAUUUGCGGCCAAGAGAGUGGUUCCAGGCGCAGCCCCUCCACCUGUGGCAAAGGAGUCGAAGGCUGCAGCAAAGAACAGAAAAAAGAGAGAAGCCAAAAAGGCUACAGAUGAAGCUACGCCUGAGCCUGCUCCUGUUCCUGCCUCCGCUGGGUCAGCUUCCGCUGUUGGAAGCGUUGUUGGUGGUGUUGUCUCGUUGGAGGAGAAGAAAAUCAGAUCGUUGUUGAAAAAGCUUCGGGCUAUAGAGACCUUGAAGAUGAAACAGGCACAAGGAGAGCCUUUAGAAGACACACAGGUUAGCAAGAUUAAUAAGGAGGAUGAGCUCAGACGUGAGUUGAGCAGUUUGGGGUGGACCGAGUGA